AUGGACGGCGAGAUCCCCCUCCCUCCGCCGCGGAAAAUCCGACACCGCUCACCCGCGCACGCGGCCAACCCCUCAGCACCAGGCUCAGGCCCGACCCCUACAAUCGCCUCGUUCCACAGAUCGCGGCGCCUAUCUCGCUUCGAUGACCGCUCUAGUCAGCCAUCCAGUGAUCCCGCACUGUUUUCCAGCGACGAUAUCCCCGCUUCAGGCUUGGAGAACUAUCAUGCGCCUGUGUCUGGCGCGGGCCGGAAACGCCGGUAUCGUGGGACUUGGUGGGGGGAGCAGGUUAUUGAUCCGAAGCGCAAGCGUGGUGAUUUCAAGGAGAAGAGAAAUGUCGAUAGUGGUGUCUGGAUGGGGAGUGAUGAGUCUGUUGCAGAGUCACUUUUGCCGUCGGAGGAUGGCUCGGCAUGGGGAGAGGAUUUGCGCAAGUCGGUGCUUGAUCCUAGGAAGUCGGAAAAUUUGACUUCUUUGCUUAUCGGGAGUGAGAAUCCUCCUGCGCAGAUGAAGGGUGUUGUUAAGGGACCCGAGGAGUCCGAGGAGCAGCGGUUUGCGAGGGAGGUUGUUAAUGAUUGCCUUGAUAAAGGACAAGAAAGCAUUGAUCUUGGUGACUUCCAUCUGAAGACCAUACCUUCUGGCCUGUUGCGACCUCUGCAGCAUCUAACGAAGCUUCCCUCGGUCAAGGAAGCCCCAGUCUCUGAAAAUGUCUUUACGUCUUUGCAACCAUUCCUUCGAAUCUUCCUUCCCAACAACUCCCUCUCAGCCUUGCACAACGACCUCUUCGAACUCAGCAAUCUAAAGGUCCUUAGCUUGCGGAACAACAAGCUGACCGAACUUCCAUCUACUAUCCGCCGACUGACAGCUCUGCAAGUCUUGAAUCUCUCAGUCAACAGAUUGACCUAUCUCCCAUGGGAACUUGUAAAGCUCAUGCAAAAAGGCGAACUGAAGCACCUCACUGUACGACCAAACUCAUUCCUCCCAAUUGAGGAAGCCCAAAUCGCAGAAUGGCAUCACAACGCCAACAAAAAGCGGACGGAAGAAACCGACGAAGACUUCCUAUCUUGCCAACUCAAAUUCAAUCAUGACGAAUCUUUAACAAGCUCCGAGCCCUUGUGGGACUCAAUCCACGUCGCCACAGGCCCAACAACCUUCCUAAACAUGGAAGGAAACCCAAUCAUUGCACCAGCAUAUCCACCCUCAAACACAGCUCCAUCUCUCCGUGAAAUCUCCCUCCGCGCCGUGAGCAAGCUUCCCUACUUCGAGCAAGCCACAGACGAAGAACUAGCGGAGUACCCAGCCCUCCUCGUCCCCCUUCUCCGCCAAGCAAGAGAAGCACGCGCAGCAGGCGGACAGCUCUGCUCUGUAUGCGAUCGUGAGUUCGUGAUUCCUCGCACAGAAUGGCUGGAGUGGUGGGAUAUCACCCCAUGUGAAAACGGCAUGAAAAUGCCCCGUCAUCCUGGUGAGAAACUUCGGCCUUUGCCGUUCCGUCGGCUUGGGUGUAGUCUGUCUUGUGUUCCCGGAUCACAGUGA